UAUGGCUGGUGUACAUCUGCAAAAAGUCAAUCCUGCUAACCACUUUCCUUUAUACAUUGCCUCUAUAUGCAGGGGAGAUAUUAGUGCUGCCUGCAAUAUGUUAGCCAAGGCCAAAUUGGCUAAUAAGACGUUGACCGUUUUCUGUAGCAUUUUAGUCGAUACGACUGUUAGGAUGAAGAAGACAUUACCUAUAAGAGUCGUAAGGGCAGAGAAGGUUAAGAGAGCAACGAAGACACAGCAGGGCGUUACUAUCGAUUCUCGAUGUACAAUAUCAUCUAAUGCAAAGAACGAACAGGUGCUGGACAAAUUACAAGUGGAAAGGGAACGAGGAAUUACAGUUAAAGCACAAACAGCCUCUUUAAUUUAUAACCACCAGGGAAUCGAAUAUUUACUUAACUUAAUUGAUACACCGGGCCAUGUUGAUUUUAACUAUGAGGUAGCAAGGUCAUUGGCCCCCUGUCAAGGCGUAAUCCUACUAGUAGACGCUAACCAGGGAGUACAGGCACAAACAGUUGCUAACUUCUAUUUAGCUUUCGAAGCAGAACUUGCAAUAAUUCCAGUUAUGAACAAGAUUGAUUUGAAGGUGGCAAAACCGGAUGAAGUCAUGAAACAGUUGCAUAACGUUUUUGAUAUUAGAGAGUCAGAAGUGUUAAAGAUUUCUGCUAAAAAUGGUACAGGCGUUGAAAAUGUUUUAAAAGCUGUUAUAGAGAGGAUUCCACCACCCAACGACUGCGACAGAGAAAAGCCUCUAAGGGCAUUGAUAUUUGACUCUUCUUACGAUAAAUACAAAGGAACUAUGGUUAAUAUAGCGGUUAAAGAUGGUAUAAUUCGUCGAGGACAAAAAAUUCAAUCAAUUCAUAAUAAAAAGACAUAUGAAGUAAAUGAAAUUGGUUUAUUACAUCCUGACAGACUGCAAACUGACGGAUUAUAUGCAGGCCAAGUUGGCUACCUUUUUGCAAAUAUCAAAGCUGUCGGAGAAGCAGUUAUAGGAGAUUGCUAUCACAAGGCAGGACAACAAAUUGAACCUUUAUCGGGCUUUAAACCGGCUAAACCAAUGGUUUUUGCUGGAAUAUAUCCAACCGAUCAAUCAGAAUAUCCUUCAUUACGCACGGCUCUCAGUAAAUUAAUGAUGAAUGAUCCGAGCGUUUCCAUUCACAAAGACAGUAGUGAUGCCUUGGGACAAGGAUGGCGAGUAGGAUUCCUAGGGCUAUUACAUAUGGACGUCUUUUGCCAAAGACUAGAGCAAGAAUUUGAUACAAAUGUAAUAAUAACUUCACCAAAUGUGCCUUUUAAAGUCAAAAUAACUGGGGAUAAAUUCAUCAAAGAAUAUGGAGGAGAUGAAGUAACUAUAUUGAAUCCAAGCAAAUUACCAUCAACUCAAAUUAUCUCUGAAUACCAAGAACCUAUAGUUAAAGGGACGAUAAUCACACCGGACGAAUUCUUGGCGGAAAUUAUUGAUUUACUCAUGGAUAAAAGAGCAAGAAACAUCGAACAAUCCUACAUUGACAACAAAAGAAUAAUCUGCACUUGUAUAUUACCGCUAAAUGAAAUCGUAAUAGAUUUUUUCGAUCAUUUAAAAUCUAUUUCGUCUGGAUAUGCCAGCUUUGACUAUGAAGACCAAGGUUAUCAGGAAACAAGCUUAGCAAAGAUCGAAAUUCUCCUUAACAAGAAAGAAGUACAAGAACUUUCUCAAAUUGCUCACGUUUCUAAAGCAGUAUCUAAGGCUCGAAGCAUGGUCUACAAGUUAAAAGAAACAUUACCUAGACAACUUUUUGAAGUCAUUAUUCAGGCAAAGGUUGGUGGUAGAAUAAUUGCGCGGGAAAACUUAAAAGCUCUCCGAAAAGACGUUCUUGCCAAAUGUUAUGGUGGAGAUGUGACGAGGAAAAUGAAAUUGCUGAGACGACAAGCCGAAGGCAAGAAACGUUUAAGGAAAAUAGGAAAUAUUACAGUGCCAAAAGACACUUUUAUAUCUGUAUUAAAAACUAGUAGAUAGAAUAAACCACAUAUUCUAUAAAUAAGUAAUUAUUUGCUUGAAUUUGUUUUUUCAUUUCUCCAAAGUUUCAUUUAAAAUAGAA